AGAUCUGCAGGGUGGCAUUAAUAUAGAACCCCCUAUCUAUAUACAUGGGUGGCUGCAGUGAAAUUUAUUACAUGAAAUCUGCAAGAUUCACUUAGGAGUCCUCAUACGGAAUUCCCGAUAGUAUCAGUACGGGAUUUCCCGUUGGAAGCUGAGUCAGCAGAGACGGCAGUAGUAAAAUUGCCACUAAGCAGGAUGUGGUGUAGUUCGGAGCUUGAGUUCAACAUUUUAAAAAGACACCACUCAUUUUAAAACGUUCAUGUUUCCAUCAUGUGUCACAGCAACCAGAUCAAGCAGUCUACGUUCUGAAGGUCCAACUUUCUAAACUAAACAACGAUUGCUUGAGUUUUUUAAAAAGUUGAUCCCUAAAGAAAAGAAACAAUGGAUUACUUCACGACGGAGCUUCUAAAAUUUCUGUGUGUGCUGGUCGCCUUGUUCCUCAUCAUGGCGGGGCACGUGAAGAAAAAAAGAUGGCUGUUUCUCAUCACGCUGAUCGUCACCAUCAUCGCGUUAAACAACUACCAGCUGGUGGGUCACGUGGUCCAGACCCAGACCCUGCUACAAGCUGGCCUCGAUCUUGUCCACUCCAUCUUCACUCUAGUCAGCCUUCAUCUGACCUUUCCUAGUAGGGUCAAGGCCGGUCUUUGCAGUGUGCUGUUGUUUCUCUUUGUGUGGGUUCUGUAUGUGUGCAGCUCUAGUAACCAUGUGUUGAACAUUGGAUGUUUCUCUAAAGUGAUGACGAAAAUGUUAAGGAAACUUCAAGACGUGUCAUCUAGUCAAAAGAACAUUCAGCUCUCAGAUAUAGGCAGGAAGUUAACUAUGCAUGAGGUACGGGUCAAAGGUUACAAGAAUAAAUUACCAUGGAAGCUAAGUAAAGCAGAAAGGUUACGGCUAAAGCUAAACCCAAUCAUAGCUGCAGCUAGCCGUGACGUGAUCGCCUACCCAGCCACGCCCCUGUACCAUGACUACGAGAGCAGACUGGCAACCUUCAACAGCCACAACUUCCGGGCAUGGGGCGUGUCAGGUCUGCCGCUGGCCAGUGCUGGCUUCUACUACAAGAAGAGGCGUGACGUCAUACGUUGCUACAGGUGUAUGAGAGAGAUCGGCAGACAUGAAUAUACUGGCCAGAGAAACCUGCACGACGAAGACUGUCCAAUCAAAGACAGGCUACCAAACACAGAAAACAUUCCUACACUGUUUCGCAGGUAAAGCAUGAACAACGAAACAAGGCUAGAGAAAGGGAAACAACUAAGGGCAUUAAAAAAAUUGUUCAAACAACCUGGACAAUCAACACGUUAGAGUUUAUUAAUAAAUACAAGUCUGUCGAAGCAAUGUGGGAAGAAUCUAAGUGUCACAAAGCUAAAGAAUACACCAGACAAAGGGGCAAGAUAUUACUAAAACACAAGCAAUGG